AUGGCGGCUGCUGUGGAAGAAACUAUCCGCUCUCUCAUCCGAUUUGUCGCUCGUGGCUUUUACACGCGGCCAUUCAUUCUCAUUCUAGAUGCCAUCCUUCUCCACUCCGUUUUGUGUGAGGAUGAUCUCGUAUACCUUCUCGGAAUCAACCGGAAAGAACUUCGACUGCAUUGUCAUCGUCUUGUCGAAGAUCGCCUUAUUGUGAGCCAUGUCCAGAAGGAGGAACAUCAUCAAAGAAAUAUCAAUAGAACAUACUAUUUCAUCCAUAUAACUGAGGCCAUCGAUGCUAUCAAAUGGCGAGUGCACUCCAUCGUAUCGUCAAUCAAGGAGGAGAUGUCGCUGUAUGGAAAUCCGCAUGGAUAUAACUGUUCUCGGUGUAGUAAGAAGGUAUCUCAGUUGGAUGCUAUCUCCAUGCUCAGCGAUGACAAAUCGAGUUUUAUUUGUGAUACUUGCGGCGGAGUGUUGGUAGAAGAUGACUCACUGCAGCAGGCCUCUAUCAAGCAACAGAAAUUGGAGCGGCUUAUGCUUCAGGUCGACCCUAUCAUCACUUACCUCAAGAAGAUAGACAAUCUGACCGUGGAAGACAAUGACUUUGAUACCGCAGCAAGCAAACUUAUACCGGCGCAGUCCAGCUCAGCCGCUUCUUACUCGUUGUCUACAAGGCCUCUGGGUUCACGCAAGGCCCAGAUGUCGCAGUCACUUCAAAACGCUGCUUCAAAAGCCAACGCUACCUUGCAUGUUUCUAUUACCGCUUCGGAUGAAAAUUAUGAGCGUGAGCAGAAGGAAAAAGAGGAGAGACGUCAAAAAUUGGAACAAAACGCUUUGCCAUCGUGGCACUCCUCCUCUACAGUGGGUAACAAUGAUGGCGUGGGUGUAGCUACUGACGACUCCCAAGCCGAAAAUGGUACAGAGGUUAAGACAGAAGAAUCUGCAGCAGGAGAUGCUGUUGCACCUGUUGCACCUAUCUCGGAAGCAGAGAGGAAAGAGAGAGAAGCACAGGAUGUUCUUGCUGCAUAUUAUGCUGAAUUGGGUGAUAGAGAGGCCGAAGAAGACGUGGAAGAAGAAGACGAUGACGACUUUGAUGAUUUUGAAGAUAUCUAA